AAUCGCGGUAGGCGGCGGCGGGGCGGCUGGGCGGCGGGCCGCGCUCGGCCGGUCUGCGGCGCGAGUCUGGCGGCCUCGGCGGCUGGGAAGAUGCUGCAGUCCCUGGCCGGCAGCUCGUGCGUGCGCCUGGUGGAGCGGCACCGCUCGGCCUGGUGCUUCGGCCUGCUGGUGCUCGGCUACCUGCUCUACCUGGUCUUCGGCGCCGUGGUCUUCUCGUCCGUGGAGCUGCCCUACGAGGACCUGCUGCGGCAGGAGCUGCGCAAGCUGAAGCGGCGCUUCCUGGAGGAGCACGAGUGCCUGUCGGAGCCGCAGCUCGAGCAGUUCCUGGGCCGGGUGCUGGAGGCCAGCAACUACGGCGUGUCGGUGCUCAGCAACGCCUCGGGCAACUGGAACUGGGACUUCACCUCGGCGCUCUUCUUCGCUAGCACCGUCCUGUCCACCACAGGUUAUGGCCACACUGUGCCCUUGUCGGAUGGGGGCAAGGCCUUCUGCAUCAUCUACUCGGUCAUCGGCAUCCCCUUCACUCUCCUGUUCCUGACUGCUGUGGUCCAGCGCAUCACCGUGCACGUCACCCGCAGACCUGUCCUCUACUUCCACAUCCGCUGGGGCUUCUCCAAGCAGGUGGUGGCCAUUGUCCAUGCCGUUGUCCUUGGGUUCGUCACCGUGUCCUGCUUCUUCUUCAUCCCAGCUGCUGUGUUCUCGGUCCUGGAGGAUGACUGGAACUUCCUCGAAUCCUUUUAUUUUUGUUUUAUUUCCCUGAGCACCAUUGGCCUGGGGGAUUAUGUGCCCGGGGAAGGCUACAAUCAAAAAUUUAGAGAGCUCUACAAGAUCGGAAUCACGUGUUACCUGCUGCUGGGCCUCAUAGCCAUGCUGGUGGUUCUGGAGACCUUCUGUGAGCUCCACGAGCUGAAGAAGUUCAGGAAGAUGUUCUACGUGAAGAAGGACAAGGACGAAGACCAAGUGCACAUUGUGGAGCAUGACCAGCUGUCCUUCUCCUCCAUCACAGACCAGGCAGCCGGCGGGAAGGAGGAGCAGAAGCAGAGCGAGCCCUUCGUGGCUGCACAGGUGUCUGCCUAUGUGGACGGCUCUGCCAGCCACUGAGAGCCUGGGCUUCCUGCCUUGGGCUGCAGCAUGGGGCCAGGGCCAGGGCCAGGCUUAACCGUGUCCAUUUGUAUGAGAACAUAAAGGCCAUGGUGAUGUUAUUUUGAAAAAUAACUACUAUUUGCAUUGCUUUAAGAAAUGGAAUAAAGGAAUCCUUGACUUUGGAGAGAUGUCUAAUAUCUGGGGAAAUGGGAUAUGUACCUGUGAUUCACAUAUGGCAAAAUUAUCUGUACUAAUAGAAAACUUGAAGCUGUAUGCUGAGUGGAUAGAAGCAGAUUUUGUAUUUUUACUAGGGGAUGUUGGGGUUUGCAUUGAAAUCAUUUAACUGAUGGCUAAAUAACAUUUAUAUUUAAAAGCAAAAAAAAAAAUGAAGUGGUGUUUUAUAAAUAGGAUUAUGUGUACUGGUUUGCAUGUACCCAUCCAAAAUGAUUAUUUUUGUAGAAUCUAAGUUAAACUUACUAUUUAUAAUGGAUAGGUUACCAUUAACUAUGUACAUAUAAAGUAUAAAUAUGUUUAUAUUCUGUACAUAUGGUUUAGGUUACCAGAUCUCACUGUACUUCUUAACUCAAAAUUGUAGAUACUUUUUCUUUUGAUUUCUCUUUAUACUAAAGAGUCCAGAAUUGCUACAAUAAGAUGGGCAAUAAUAAAUUUAAGAGUAAAUAACUGUAAUAUUCUGUUAUAAUAAGCAUUUCUACCUUCUUGCAAUAGUAUGAUAUCAGAUGUCUGAAAUAUCUGUAAACUUUUUUUCUGGAAGAUGAAAAGCAAGGAAUAGCAGAAUUUGUAAAAAAAUUGAGCUAUUUUGUUUAGAAAGUACAUUGUGUUUAUACCUACCUAAUACUAAAGCACAGAACUUAGACAUAAACGCUCCAAAUGAAGACUAUGUUGCAUUUAUCUAAAGGUCCUAAAUUAGAAGCUAAAAUAAAUAAAAAUCAUGGUUGGUUGUAA